CACACAUACAGUCGCCAUUCUCGCUUGCUAGCUCAUUACUGCUUCUCACCAUUCAGCCAUGCUUCGCCUUCUUCUUCUUCUUUCAGCAUCCCUGCUCUGCAGCUUUUCACUGUUGCAGCAACCUGCCUUUGCCAUUAAAAAGUCGUACGUUGUAUACUUGGGAUCACAUUCUCAUGGUCCAAAACCUUCUUCUACUGAUAUGGAACUUGCGACAAAUUCCCAUCAUCGUUUGCUUGCCUCUGUAUUAGGAAGUCAUGAGAAGGCCAAAGAAGCUAUCUUUUGCUCUUAUAACCGGCACAUCAAUGGCUUUGCUGCAUUACUCGAAGACAAAGAAGCGGCUGAGAUCGAAAAAAAUGCAAAGGUGGUGUCAGUGUUCUUGAGCGAGUCGCAUAAGCUGCACACAACGAGGUCAUGGGAUUUUCUUGGACAAGAAACCGAUGAACGAGUCAGAUCUGACUCAGCCUGGUUCGAAGGAAGAUUUGGAGAAAACGUCAUCAUGGGCAGCAUUGAUACUGGAGUUUGGCCAGAAUCGAGAAGUUUUCAAGACGAUGGAUACAGCCCUGUUCCAUGGAAGUGGCGUGGGGGAUCAAAAUGUGAACUCUACAGUUUAUCUGGCUCCUCUCAUGUAACUCUCUGCAACAGGAAGCUAAUCGGAGCAAAAAGUUUUUACAAAGGCUACGAGACGAAGCACGGAAACCUAAGUAGUUCGUCAACUCAAAUCAGUGCACGCGACUUCGACGGACACGGAACACACAUCAUCUCGACGGCCGGCGGCAACAUGGUACAGGACGUAGGUAUUCUGAACAACGGCAACGGCACGGCCAAGGGCGGAUCUCCGAGAGCUCGUCUCGCAGUUUACAAAGCUUGCUGGCCUCUGGAUAAUUCUGCAGAAUGCACUGACGUCGACUUGCUUUCUGCUUUUGAUCAAGCCAUUGAUGACGGCGUCGACUUGCUCUCUGUUUCCGUCGGCCGGAUCGCCGGCCGGAACGAUACGCACAUGUUGACCAAUGGGAUCUCCAUUGGGUCCUUCCAUGCAGUCUCAAGAGGCAUACUUGUUGUUGCCUCUGCUGGUAACGACGGACCUGAACUUGAGACCGUGACGAAUGUGGCGCCUUGGAUCUUCACUGUUGCUUCUGGCUCCAUUGAUAGGGACUUCACGAAUAAUGUUACGCUGGGUAACGGCCAACACAUACAAGGGACCAGUCUUGCCACAAACUCAACAUCUCAAGAGUUAAUUCCUGUGGUCAUUGCUGGAAAUGCCAAGCUUCCAUUUGCGACAUUUGAAGAUGCUCAACUGUGUAAAAGUGGAACACUUGAUCCUAACAAAGUAAAGGGUCGCAUAUUGGUGUGCCAAAGAGGAAGGAGCCUGAGGCCUGUGGACAAAGGCCAAGAAGCAAAACGUGUAGGAGCAUCGAAAAUGAUUCUGCAGAAUGAUAAAAAGUUUAACACAGCUACAGCCGAUGCUCAAGUUUUAGAUACUUCCAUUGUUCCUAGUAGUGACCCUGAGGAUGAGAAUGAAAAUAGCUCCGAUGAGUAUAUCUACAAAAACAAGAACCCACUUGCAUUCUUGGAUAAUGCAAAAACUAUUAUCCCAGUAAAGCCAGCUCCAAAAGUUUCUUUAUUCUCAUCCAGGGGACCCAACUUGAUUCUGCCCUCAAUUCUCAAGCCUGACGUGGCAGCUCCUGGUCAAAAUAUAAUUGCGGCUUAUUCAUCAGAACGUGGAUUUGACUAUAAUAUUCUGUCAGGAACUUCAAUGGCAUGCCCACAUGUUGCUGGCAUUGCUGGUCUCCUCAAAAAUCGCCAUCCUAAUUGGACUCCUGCUGCUAUCAAAUCAGCAAUCAUGACCACUGCAACCACUUGGGAUAACACCAACGGACCAAUUCUGGACGAAAGCGAUAAUCAAGUAGCUACUCCAUUACAUUAUGGUUCAGGAUAUGUUAAGCCUAAUCUUGCAAUAUACCCUGGACUUGUUUAUGAUCUGGAGGCUGCUGAUUACCUGAACCUGUUAUGUGCUUCUGAUUUCGAGGAAAGAAUAGUUGUGUCACUCAAUUAUAACAGGCCAUACAAGUGUCCAAAGUUUUACAGGCUGCAAGAUUUCAACUACCCUUCCAUCACUUUGCCUCUUCUGGGGGUGGAACCUGUGAGUGUUUCUCGCACAGUCACAAACGUUGGAGCUCCAAGCACGUAUUUUGUAAAUGUCAAAGAACCAAGAGGAGUUAGGGUUAUUGUUCAGCCUAAUACUUUGAGUUUUCAGAGGACGAAUGAGAAGAAGAGCUAUGAGAUAAUCUUGCAGGCAGAGGAAUAUUCAGCUCACAAGUUAGAAGCUGAUUAUUCAUUUGGAGAGUUGACGUGGACAGAUGGCAUGCACGAGGUCAGGAGUCCUAUUGUGAUUUUGAAAUUUAUGAGAAAUUAAUGAUUACUAUGCAGAUUUCUAUAUGUAUGUUACCAAAGUACACUGUGUGUUGUUGUGAUAUUGUGUGAGGCAGUGUUAGUGUUUGUGUUUGAACAUGUGAACGGACUGAUCUACUUUCUGGUCUUAUCAGUUUGUCUAUGAUAAGA